AUGCACCCGCCCGGCGCCCCGCUCGCCAUGGCCGAGGGCGCCUUCUCGCUGUCGGCUCCGGCGGCGCGCAGCCCCGGGGGGAACCCGUCGAGGCUGCACAGCAUCGAGGCCAUCCUGGGCUUCACCAAGGAGGACGGCCUCCUCGGCCCCUUCCCGCCCGACGGCGGCGCCGGCAGCGCCAAGGAGGCGGACAGGCGGGGUCCCCGGCACGGCCUCCCCAAGAUGCCCGGGGAGCCGCCGCCGGCCGAGCGGCAGGGCCGCGCCGAGCGCUUCCAAGGUGAGCAGCCGUACUGCCCCGGCAGCGCCAGCCCCGAGCUGCCCGCCGGCGGCGGCGAGGGGAAGCCGUCGGACGAGGAGCAGCCCAAGAAGAAGCACCGGCGGAACCGCACCACCUUCACCACCUACCAGCUCCACGAGCUGGAGCGCGCCUUCGAGAAGUCCCACUACCCCGACGUGUACAGCCGCGAGGAGCUGGCCAUGAAGGUCAACCUGCCCGAGGUCCGCGUGCAGGUGUGGUUUCAGAACAGACGGGCCAAGUGGCGGCGGCAGGAGAAGCUGGAGGUGACCUCUAUGAAGCUUCAGGACUCACCUAUACUCUCCUUCAACCGCUCAUCGCAGGCGACCCCCAUGGGCCCCCUCAGCAGCAGCCUGCCCCUGGAGACAUGGCUCAGCCCGCCCGUGCCCAGCGGCACGGCCCUGCAGAGCCUGCCUGGCUUCGUGGCCUCUCCACAGAGCCUGCCUGGCAGCUACACGCCACCGCCCUUCCUGAACUCUCCGGCCGUGACCCACGCACUGCAGCCCCUGGGGGCAAUGGGGCCACCGCCGCCUUACCAGUGCGGGGCCACCUUUGUGGACAAGUUCCCCUUGGACGAGGCGGACCCACGCAACACCAGCAUUGCUGCCUUGCGGAUGAAGGCCAAGGAGCACAUCCAGUCCAUUGGCAAACCCUGGCAGACGAUCUGA